GAUGAAUGUGCAAAGACUUCCUGAUUCAGAGCUUACUCAAUAUCAGACAGUUCACACUGCUAAGAAAACAUAUGACUGUAAAGAAUGUGGGAAGGCUUUUAGUUUGCAUUCGAGUCUUACUGGGCAUAGGAGAAUUCAUACUGGUGAAAAACCUUUUAAAUGUAAGGAAUGUGGAAAGGCCUUUAGAUUUCAUUCACAACUUAGUGUCCAUAAGCGUAUUCAUACUGGUGAGAAAUCUAAUGAAUGUAAGGAAUGUGGAAAGGCCUUUAGUUGUGGUUCAGAUCUUGCUCAACAUCAGAGAAUUCAUACUGGUGAAAACCCCUAUGAAUGUAAGGAAUGUAGGAAGGCCUUUAGUCAGCAAUCACAUCUUACUAAACAUCAGAGAAUUCACACUGGUGAAAAACCAUAUGAAUGUAAGCAGUGCAGGAAAGCUUUUACUCGCAGCUCAUACCUAACUCAACAUCAGAGAAUUCAUACUAGUGAGAAAUCUCAUAAAUGUAAAGAGUGUGGAAAAGCCUUUAUUCGUGGUUCAAAUCUUGCUCAACAUCAGAAUGUUCAUGUUGGCAGGAAACCCUAUGAAUGUGAGAAAUGUGGGAAAGCCUAUAUCUGGAGUUCACACCUUGCCCAACAUCAGCAAAUUCAUGUUGGUAGGAAACCUUAUGAAUGUAAGCAAUGUGGGAAGACUUUUAUUUGGGCCUCAUAUCUUGCUCAACAUGAGAAAUUUCAUGAGAGGAAACUCCAUGAAUGUAAGGAAUGUGGAAAAUCCUUUCUUCAUGUCUCAGAGUUUAAUCGACAUCAGAAAAUUCAUGCAGGUGAGAGAAACUAUGAAUGUAAGGAAUGUGGGAAGACUUUUUUUCGUGGUUCAGAACUUAAUAGACAUCAGAAAAUCCAUACUGGAAAGAGAACCUAUGAAUGUGAAGAAUGUGGAAAAGCCUUUCUUUGGGGUUCACAACUUACUCGACAUCAGAGAAUCAAUGGAAAGACUAUGUGAACACUUUCAGUCAUGACUCAAACUUGGCUCAACACCAGAGUAUUUACACUUUUGAGAAAUCCUGUGAGUAUAAAAAUUUUGACACAGCAUUUUCUCCAAGUUCUCACUUUCUUUCACUUGUGUAAAAUCUUAGAAUAUAAAAAUGUAGGAAAGCCUUUAUUCCUGACUUGUUGAUGUCAGUUAAUUCAUUUUGAGAAAUUCCACACUGUAAUAGUGCAAGAAUUUUUGACAGAGCACACAACACACUUAACAGCAAAGAAUUCAUAAUGCAAUCUAUUGAAAUACAGGAAAGUAUUCAUUGAUUGUCUGUUAUGGAAUAUUAGGGAAAACCCUGUGAAUUAGAUGAUAGUGUGAAUCCAUUUUGAAUCAUUCUCAAAAUGUCCACAUCACUGGUAAUAUGCUGCAUAGAGUUUAAACUUAAUUCAUGUGGAAAAACCUUCCUUUCACUACUGACAUCUGGUUGCACUUCCAGAAAAUACCAAAGACAAGCAUAUGUUAUAUAACUAGUCUGGAAAACCUUGAGCUAUGUCAUACAAUUUAUUUGCCAUGUCUUUAGUUUCAACACAUCUCUGUACUUUUUGGAAAGUAACUGAAAUCCACAUGUGCUUACUUGUUAGAUUAUAAAGGUUAAUUAGUUUGAAGAUUCAAAUGACUGAGUGACCAUCAUUAAUAUUAUUAACAUUUCUAUGAGAAGAAGAGCUUAAGAGUAUAAGAUUAUAGAUAAAAACGGCAUCUGUAUGUGUGUCAUCCUGAACAGGAAAAAUGUUAAUUCUGAAUAAAA